CAGCCUUAGCCUUUAGUUGGCUUGGAGCAGUGGCAGCGAGAGGUUGUACUGGUCCAGCGCCUCCCCGCGACCGCGUCACACAGCGUCCGGCGGAGCGACUACAUACAGUGUACGGAGCACCACCCAGCAACCGACCCGACCAACCCAACCGGGCGGCCAAACAAGUGCACCCACUCAGGCUCAACGAGGACCGGUCGAGGAGGCGGCUCGGCGCGUGCACCGGACAGCGCACCGGACACCGCACCGGACGGCGUACCGAACAGCGCACCGGACAGCGUGCCGGACAGCGCACCGGACGGCGUACCGGACAGCGUACCGAACAGCGCACCGGACAGCGUGCCGGACAGCGCACCGGACAGCGUACCGGACAGCGUAACGGACAGCGUACCGGACAGCGUACCGGACAGCGUACCGGACGACGUACCGGACAGAGGACACUGACAUCGAGAAGCCAUGGCGCCCCCGGCCAUCAGCAGAGACCCUCCGGACAUUGAGAACCUGCUCCGGCUCAACCCGCGCACCCCGACACACGCCUCCCUGGUGCCGACCAUCAAGACCAAGGCCAACAAGGCGCACUGGAAGCGCAACUCGGAUAAGAAAUGCGAGACAUGCCGGCCGCUGUUCGCGGACUUCGACGACAUCAAGCACACGACGCUGAGCGAGCGCGCCGCGCUGCGGGAGGCGGCCAGGUGCCUCAAGUGCGCCGACGCGCCCUGCCAGAAGAGCUGCCCCACCCAGCUGGACGUCAAGAGCUUCAUCACGUCCAUCUCCAACAAGAACUUCUACGGCGCCGCGGCCGCCAUCUUCUCCGACAACCCGCUGGGCCUGACCUGCGGCAUGGUGUGCCCCACCAGCGACCUGUGCGUGGGCGGCUGCAACCUGCAGGCGGCUGAGGAGGGCCCCAUCAACAUCGGCGGCCUGCAGCAGUUCGCCACGGAGGUGCUGAAGAAGAUGCGGAUCCCCCAGGAGGUGCCGCCCGAGGCCGCCAAGCUGCCCAACUCCGCGGCCAAGAUCGCGCUGCUGGGCUGCGGCCCGGCCUCGCUGUCCUGCGCCACGUUCCUGGGCCGCCUCGGCUACAAGGACAUCACCAUCUUCGAGAAGAGCGACUACGUCGGCGGGCUCAGCUCCUCCGAGAUCCCCCAGUACCGCCUGCCCUACGACGUGGUGCAGUACGAGGUGCAGCUGGUGCGCGACCUGGGCGUCAAGGUGCAGACGGGCCGCGCGCUGUCCGCCAAGGACCUGACGGUGCAGGGGCUGCGCCGGGACGGCUUCGAGGCCGUGUUCGUGGGCAUCGGCAUGCCGCAGGCCAAGCCGACCGGCGUGUUCAAGGGCCUGGGCAAGGAGCAGGGCUACUACACCUCCAAGGACUUCCUGCCCACCGUGGCCCGCGCCAGCAAGAGAGGCAUGUGCUGCAGCAGCAACGCCCUGCCCGCCCUCCACGGCAACGUGCUCGUCCUCGGCGCCGGCGACACGGCCUUCGACUGCGCCACGUCCGCGCUGCGCUGCGGGGCCACCAGGGUGUUCGUGGUCUUCCGCAAGGGCUUCAGGAACAUCCGGGCAGUGCCGGAGGAGGUGGAGCUGGCCGUGGAGGAGAAGUGCGAGUUCCUGCCCUUCAUGAGCCCCAAGAAGGUGGUGCUGAAGGGCGCGUCGGGCCGCAUCGCGGCCGUGGAGUUCGCGCGCACCGAGCAGCUGGCCGACGGCUCCUGGGUGGAGGACGAGGACCAGGCCAUGCGCAUCAAGGCGGACUUCGUCAUCUCGGCCUUCGGGUCGGGGCUCUACGACGAGGACGUGCGCGCCGCGCUCGCGCCGCUGCGCCUCAACAAGGACGGCACGCCGGAGGUGGACGUCAACACCAUGGCGUCGUCCGAGCCGGGCGUCUUCUGCGGCGGCGACAUCGCGGGGCUCUCCGAGACCACCGUGGAGUCGGUCAACGACGGCAAGACGGCCGCCUGGUACAUCCACAAGUACAUCCAGGAGAGCCACGGCGGCAGCGUGCCCAGCGAGCCGCGCCUGCCGCGCUUCUACUCCGCGGUGGACCGCGUGGACCUGAGCGUCACCAUGUGCGGCGUGCGCUUCCCCAAUCCGUUCGGCCUGGCCUCCGCGCCGCCCACCACGUCGUCCGCCAUGAUCCGCCGCGCCUUCGAGGCUGGCUGGGGCUUCGCCGUGACCAAGACGUUCGCGCUGGACAAGGACAUCGUGACCAACGUGUCGCCGCGCAUCGUCAAGGGCACCACCUCGCGCCACCACUUCGGCCCCGAGCAGGGCUCCUUCCUCAAUAUCGAGCUCAUCUCGGAGAAGUGCCAGGACUACUGGCUCACCAGCAUCAAGGAGCUCAAGCGGGACUUCCCUGAGAACGUGCUCGUGGCCAGCAUCAUGUGCUCCUACAACCAGGAGGACUGGGUCAAGCUGAGCAGCCUGGCCGAGGGCGCCGGCGCGGACAUGCUGGAGCUCAACCUGUCCUGCCCCCACGGCAUGGGCGAGUCCGGGAUGGGGCUGGCCUGCGGACAGAAACCGGAACUGGUGCGCGACAUCUCUCGCUGGGUGAGCAGCACCGUCAAGAUCCCCGUGUUCAUCAAGCUCACCCCCAACAUCACGGACAUCGUCACCAUCGCCAAGGCUGCUAAGGAGGGCGGCGCUAGCGGCGUGUCCGCCAUCAACACGGUGUCGGGCUUGAUGAGCCUCAGCGCGAGCGGCACCCCCUGGCCGGCAGUGGGCCCCCGCAGCCCCGGCGCCGCGCUGCGCACCACGUACGGCGGCGUGUCCGGCAACGCCACCAGGCCGAUGGGGCUGCGCGCCGUGUCCGCCAUCGCCAGGGAGCUGCCCGGCUUCCCCAUCAUGGGCAUCGGCGGCGUGGACUCGGCCGACGUGGCGCUGCAGUUCCUGCAGGCCGGCGCCACCACCCUGCAGGUGUGCAGCGCGGUGCAGAACCAAGACUUCACGCUCGUGGACGACUACAAGACGGGGCUGCAGGCGCUGCUGCACCUCCGGACGCUGGACCUGGAGGCGGGCUGGGACGGCCAGAGCCCGCCGCGCGCCAAGCUGUACAAGGGCAAGCCCGUCGUGCCCGUCGCGGCCGCGGACUCCGGCAAGAAGCUGCCCCGGUUCGGGCCGUUCGAGGCGGAGCGCCAGUCCGCCGUGGCGGAGGCUAACAGUGCCUCGGCCAAGGGCGGCGCCAACGACGCCCCCGCCGCCCCCGCCCCGCCACUCCGCCCCCGCGGCCCCGCCCCCAAGGUGAAGGACGUCGUCGGCGCGGCCGUCGCCAACAUCGGCUCCUACAAGAGUCUGGACAACACGGCGCAGGUGGUCGCGCUGGUCGACGAGGUGCGUUUGGACGACGGCGACUCUCUCUCUCUCUCUCUAGUUAAAGUUCCAGCCAGCGUAAGUAACUGUUGCCGUGGUUUGUCUCUAUACCAGGACACGUGCAUCAACUGCGGCAAGUGCUACAUGGCGUGCAACGACUCCGGCUACCAGGCCAUCCACUUCGACCCCGUCACCCACCUGCCCAAGGUCAACGACGACUGCACCGGCUGCACCCUCUGCGUGUCCGUGUGCCCCAUCAUCGACUGCAUCGAAAUGGUUCCAAAAACCAUACCCCAUGUAGUGAAGAGAGGCUACCCGUCAGGUAAGGACACUCCAAAAGCGAUCACCAUCAGUGAGUGCCAAUGACAAGAGGAGCUGCUGAGGCAAUGAAAAUAGUUUUCUGCCAAGUUUGCAUGAUAUUAAGAUUUAUUUGAUUAAGCAAUUGUGAUGUCUGUGAAAGUGCACAAUGGGUUAAUGUUCUAAAUAAAGAAAACUUGUACAUAGUA